AUGAAGGGCCAGGAAACCUCAAUUCGGGUAUCGGCUUGUGAUUCGACAGCAGCGGCAAGACUUGGACAAUUAUCCCUGGAACAUGCUGGGGGGGUUGGAAUUAGAACAAGCCCUCUUUCGAAGAAACGACCAGCAAGCUCGGAAGUCUGUACUGCAGACGCACCAGCAUUGGUCAAAGAUUACGGCAAAGCAAUUGCUAUAAGGACUUCAUGCGCAGCAUCAAAAUACAUCAAACGACCCAUUGCUGAAGAAACUAUAACAGCGUGUCCACCACUAACAAGUGAACCUUCGGUCAGUGCGACUGAGGGACGUACGUUGUUCCCAGACCCAUCCGAUCCGCGAACUCCGGAAGAAUUUACAGAAGGCUUGAAGCGUCGUCGCCGCCCAACCGAAACCUUGUAUCUCGACAUUGUACAGUCAAUACCUGGGCUGAGCGAAACUAGAUCCCUACGACAGGCAGAGUACAUGUCUCAAGAUGAGUUCACGGCGGAGAUCAAGGGUAUCUACGCUGCAUUGGUUAUGGUUGAAGCAAAGUGCAUCAAGUUGGAUGCUGCACAUAUGAGUGCCAGCGCGAAUCUUUCUCUUGAUCAAUGGCAAGCACUUUUUGCAGUGCAUCGAACUCUGCUGUACGAACAUCAUGACUUCUUGUCUGCAUCACAACAUCCCUCGAGCAGUUCCUCGUUGCGCAAGCUGGCCACGAAAUACUCUAUGCCAGCUCGAAUGUGGAAGCAUGGUAUCCACUCAUUUCUGGAGGUACUGCGACGUCGUCUGCCAGAUUCGCUUGACUACAUGCUUCAAUUCAUUUACUUGGCGUACCAAACAGUCACGCUACUUUACGAGACAGUCCCAUCCUUCGAAGACACCUGGAUCGAAUGUCUUGGAGACUUGGCACGUUAUAGGAUGGCGGUCGAAGAAAUAGAUAUGAGAGAUCGUGAAAUUUGGGGUGGAGUAGCCCGUGACUGGUACUCAAAGGCAUCGAACAGAAACCCCGAUGUGGGGAGACUGUACCACCACUUGGGUAUACUGGCACGCCCGAAUGCAAUUCAACAAGCAUACUACUAUUGCCGAGCGUUGACUUGUGUUCAACCGUUCGAAUCUGCCAUGGAAUCACUAUCUUCAUUGCUCUCACCUUUGACGAAAGUGGAGCCAGAACGAGCAGUAAUUCCUUACGUGGACGAAACAGACUCGAUUUUUCUUUGCCUUCAUGCGAAAAUGCUGACACUGAGGUCUCGCACUUGUGGUACUCAGCUUCAUACUACCAUUUCCACAUAUCGUGUAUGGCUUGACACGCAGAUUCGUCGACAGGCACUCAAGUGGAAAGACCAUGGGGUUUUCAUAGCCGUCACCAACAUCUCAGCGUGCUUCGGUUAUGGUUACUAUGACAAUUGUCUAACAAAAGCUUACAGAAAAGGAAUAAAGCAUCAGGAAUCUGGUAAUGGAACAAACGACUCUAUUUCGGACGACUCGCUCUAUCUCCUUUCCAGCACAUUCGCACUGGUUCUCUCUCGAGAACACGAUUUUAACGUCCUGCCCCAUGUACAUACGAUAUUAGCCUUUCUUUGGAGCAUCUACAAUCUUGCGGUCGGACCGGUCGCACUGAUUACAAAAGUACUGAAUUCUAUUCCCUGGGGGAAGAUUGUCGACUUCCUCAACAGUUUUAUCAAAACCGAGCCGAUUGAAGACCGCGUUGUGGAAGCAGGGCGACGAGGAAGCUUUUUACAAGGCGCACCCAAGCCACUGCCCGAGGACUAUCUCUUGCGCGGCUUGGUUUGGUGCAGAGGCUACUUUGUGUCUGGAUGGUUUGACGAAAAGCAUGACGAGGAAAGCCGGCUUCUUGAACUGCCCAGCACGAACAAGGUGAGGAUUGAUAGGGUGAUGCGGUUGAGCAUUUGCUUGUCACAGGUAAGUUUUCCGUCGGUUCUAACGUUUUGUGUCUUUGGCUGA